AUGCAAAGAGUUUCAAGUUCAAGCGCUGUUUAUAAAGAAGCAACAACCGGCUCAAAAUUGUCACGUGGCAAAUCUCUUGAUCCUGAAUCUAUCCAAAUGCUUGAACAAGAAGCAUUUUUAGUAAUUGCAGCAAAUAAUAAAAAAGCAAAGUCAGCAGAUAAUUCUUCGUUUGAUUCUGGCAAUAACUCUAGUUUUUCAAUGAAAAAUUACCAAAGUGCUGAAGAAUUAAAGGCAAAAAAGCAAAAAUCUUCGUCAUCCUCAUGUUGUCGAGCACAACCUGUUGUGCCAAGACGCGAGACUGCUCAGUCAGCUUACUCAUUAGAACAUAAUUGUAAAGAAUUACUUCCACCACCAAAAGAUCCUUCAAAAAUAUCGCUUAUUCUCGAUUUAGAUGAAACCUUAAUUCAUUCAUCAUUUGUUCCUAUACAAAAUGCUAAUUUUACUUUCUUAUUGAAUGCAGUACCAGCUCCAAUUCCUGUUAGCGUGCUUAUUAGGCCUCAUGCUGAAGAAUUUAUAACUUCAUUAGGAGAAAAAUUCGAACUAAUCGUUUUUACAGCAUCAAACAAAGAUUAUGCUGAUUACUGCAUUGAACAAAUCGAUCCAAAACACCUUGUCAAGUAUAAACUAUAUAGAGAAUCUUGUUCUGAUUUAAAUGGAGCUACAGUCAAAGAUUUAGGUCUUCUUAAUCGAAAUCUCAAGAAAUUAAUUAUAAUAGACAACUCUCCGAUGUCGUAUCUUCUACAUCCAUACAAUGCAAUCCCAAUAACUACUUGGAUGGAUGAUCCUAAAGAUACAGAGCUGAUGCAGAUAGCAACAGAACUACUUCAGCAUACUGAUGCCGAUGAUGUUUACACUUUCUUAGUUUAA